GUUUCCGUGUCUCAUCACAGCACACUCGAUAUUUUAAUCCUCGACAGCCGUUCGUUCGCCCUGUGCGAUCUUGGUUGACGCAACAGAACUACCCCCACCAGUCUAUACACUCACUCACGCCCACGCGCUAAAGAUGCAUUUGUCAACCCACCUGAUGAUGUUGAUGUUGGCCGUCGUCGCUUGCCGAGCGGCUUUCAUCCCCAACAUGAUGUUUUCGUCUGGGCGUAACCGCCAGAUUCAACAACAACAACCCAAAGCGUUCGCCCAACAACCGGCCUGGAGAGCCGCUGGCAACCCUCUCAGUCCCUGGGACGACGGAACGGAAACUUACGGUUACCUGGCCGACCGCCACCCCAACGCCAUGGACGAUUUGACGCCGUCCUACCAGCCGCAAGCCCAGCAACUGCCUCAGUCGCAACAGCCGCUCGUCUACGGAGUUCCGCAUCGCUACCUGAGCGAACCUCUGCCAAACAGCUACCCGAUGGUGGCCAGUCCGACUGACGAGUUGUACAACAACGAACUUUACAACAACGCUCUGCUGAUGCGAGGACGAGGGCCUUUCAACUCGAUCAAACGAUCGUCGCUAGCCUCUUUCUACGACUCGUCCAUGGACGACGACAGCGUCAACUUUGACGACGGUCUCACGGCCAUGGCAUCCGACUAUUACGACCAGCCAAUCAGCCACCAGGACGUCGUCAACUUUGAAAAGUACGUCCAGCGGUACUUCCAGCAGCAGCCGAGCGAGGCCGAGAGCGAGGCCGAAGUGGACAGCCAAUACGGCGACUAUUGGAGUAACGGCGAGUCGGAGGACGCUGAGAGCGAGUCGGACGACAGCAGCAACAAUUACGACGUGGACAACGACGAAGAAGCUGCCAGACAGUUGCAUCUGCUUCUGAACCAGCAGAAGCAACAGCGUCGACCGAUAGCCCUGCGGGAAAUCCAAAAGAAAAGCGCCCCAUCGGCGGGCGCCCAGUCGGCGGUGAAGUCGACGCCCAGAACGGAGGCUCCCGUGACGACGGCGACGACAACGACGACGUCUUCGGCUACUGUGGCUCCCCAGAGUCAACAAGGGCAGAAAGAAGAGCCCUUGUUGAGACCGCCCACUCCACAAAGACAACCGCAGCCUCAGCAGCAGAUGUCGAGUACCACCACUACGACGACAACAACUCCAUCGGCAGCCAAAAAGGACGUCCAAGAGGAGGACGGCAACAUCUAUCACACGAUCCAGCGGCUCAUGAACAUGCGCAAUCGCCUCCAGAAAUCUCCCGGCGACGAUAUCGAGCGUGAUUGGGACGAUGAAAACAACAACCGAGCCAAACGUUUUGUGGCGCCUUCUCCGGAUUCGCUGCUCAACAAGCAGAUCCAUUCGUUAGAUAAGAUCAGAGCUUAAAUUGAGUUAGAGGAUCGCGAUCUCUAUCUGUCGGACAAAUCAACAAGACAAACUCGGUGAUAUUGGAACACAGGCAGCUCGGUUGAAUGAGCUCCGUUCUUUCAGUCAGGAAAAACAAAAACAAAAAAAGAAAAGAGAAGAGCCCGUCAGUUGGAUCAUGAACAAGGAACAAGAAGGGAAUGCCCUUUCUUUUCCCUUUUCACUCCACUGACGACCGCGAAUCACGUCUUCCUCUCCUCGGUCUACACACACACACGCUCCCCCAUCUUAUUCCCCGACACCCACACACACACACACCCACACACUCCACGGCAUCGCCUACGCAUUUCCUAUAGAGACACACACAGUGGCAUGGCCGUCAACGUGACACGCACGUCCGCCCUGCACCAGGUCGAAUAAGACAAAAAGAAAAACAGACCCCACACGUCGUUUUCCUUUGAAUGAAAUUGCCCCUGGGUCAAUCGUGUCCCGCAGUCCACCCACCCACACACACACACACAAGACUCACACGUUCGAUUGUGUUUAGUGCAACACAAGAUAUAUAUCACUGACGUUUCCUCAUAUGUGAACCAAUAUCCCCCCCCCCGAUAUCUUCUUAUACAUAUAUACAUAAAUAUAAUAUAUUAAAUGACUAUUACACGAACAAG